ACUGUUUGCAAAUCUACACACACCAGCGCGGUUUUUCGCUAUACAAAAUUGUACAUUUAACAAAAAAUAGCAGCAAUUAAUACAAACAAACGGUUGCGCCAGACACCCGAAUGUGCUGGCUGCCCCGCGGAAUAUGAAAUAGUGCCAAUUCCUCCGCGCUACUGCCACAAUCACGUGAUGAAAAUACGCCUGAAAAGUCGCCAUCGUCCAUGAAAUGUAAAGCAGAGCAGAGCAGUUUUUCCAACCAACUUGGGUGGAGUGUGGAGUUCGAGUUUCGCAGUGCGGACCACCAUCGGGAUUCGCUAAUCGUGGGAAUUGGCAGUCUAUAUUCCCGGCCAUGCCGCCGCCAAAUGUGAGCCUUCGCGGGCGCCUUACCUACGCGAUAAGUGCGCAGUUCGGGGCCAAUUAGUGGCUGUCUGAGGUGUCCUUUGCCGCCUCGUCCUUUCGCGAAACAAUAACCUCAUUUGCAGGCCACAGACUUUGAACUUGCGACGCGCGUGUGCGUGCGUGCGAUCGUGGAAAACAAAAGAAAAGCUGUCGGGCAGCACAAACAAUAACAAUAGAUCGUGUCGCACACACUAUCAUCAGUGCGAAUAGCCAACAUGUUAUCUGCGCCCUGGCUAAUCUUCCUGGGCACUUUGCUCGGCGCCUCCGUUUGCGCCUCCCCCAUUGAAUUCGUAAUGGACACCAGCCUAAAUGGCUCCAGAUCUGAUCCUGCGCCUGCAUCCCAUCAUGGCAAAUGGCCUACGAUAACCAAAGCGCCAGCGCUGAGAGCUCCAACUGGAACCGCUGGACAGGCUUAUCAAUCGCCAUCGUCGUCGCUGGCCGCUGAUAACGGGAGCCUCGACAACAACGGUAGCGCCGUGUCCAUGCUGCUCCCGCAAGACGGCGACGCAUCCGGAGCAGUGGCCCCUGAAGUUACUCCCCAGCUGCCCAUCUACAUUGCUCAGCCCAGCGCGAAAAAGCCAGAAAACAAGAUAAAAUGCCACUGUGACACCUGCAAGGAAUCUAACAACAUAUGCGAGACGGACGGCUUUUGUUUUACGUCUGUAGAGAAGAGCGCCGAUGGCACCAUCACCUUCAGCUACAGAUGUCUGCAGAACUCCCAAAUUUUUCCACCGGGUCGCUCCAUCUGGUGCAACGACGGACUGCACGGCGGACCCACCACCCGCCCAGUGGGUAGGAGUGGCGCCCACGCCUGCUGCAAGGACCGCGACUUUUGCAACCGUUUUCUGUGGCCCAAGACGAAGGACCAGCCAACUUAUCGUGUGGAAGGUCGGCAGACCUCCGUCGAAGAUUAUGUGCCACAUAGACUAACCAGCUGGGAGUUUGUGGCUAUCAUCCUCGGGGCCACCCUCUUCAUUUGCUUCACGGGCACUAGUACGUGGUAUUAUUGCCAGCGUCGCAAGCGAUUGGCCAGCGGAAGGCCGUUUGCCAAGGAGGAUUCGGUGUACGAUCCAAUAUUGAAUGGUAAUACAACCAUACAGGACAUCAUUGAGAUGACCACCUCUGGUUCGGGUUCGGCUGGUCUUCCUCUGCUAGUGCAGCGCUCGAUUGCCCGGCAGGUGCAGUUGUGCCAUGUUAUCGGAAAGGGACGUUUCGGCGAGGUCUGGCGUGGACGCUGGCGAGGCGAAAACGUGGCGGUCAAGAUCUUUUCCAGUCGCGAAGAGUGCUCCUGGUUUCGUGAGGCGGAAAUCUAUCAGACGGUAAUGCUCCGGCACGAAAAUAUUUUGGGAUUUAUAGCUGCAGACAACAAGGACAACGGAACUUGGACACAACUUUGGCUGGUAACCGACUACCAUGAGAACGGAUCGCUUUUCGACUACUUAACCACGCACCCGGUGGACACCAAUACCAUGCUGAACAUGUCGCUGAGUAUUGCCACUGGUCUGGCGCAUCUCCAUAUGGACAUUGUGGGCACUCGCGGCAAGCCCGCCAUCGCCCAUCGUGAUCUCAAAUCGAAAAACAUACUGGUUAAAUCAAAUCUUAGUUGUGCUAUUGGGGAUUUGGGUCUGGCCGUGCGCCAUGUGGAGAAAAAUGACUCUGUGGACAUACCUUCCACUCAUCGCGUCGGUACUAAGCGCUAUAUGGCGCCCGAGGUCCUGGACGAGAGUAUGAAUGAUCAGCACUUUGACUCGUACAAGAGGGCGGAUGUGUACGCUUUUGGACUGAUCCUCUGGGAGAUUGCACGUCGCUGCAACAUGGGAAUGAUAUACGAUGAGUAUCAAUUACCGUAUUACGACGUUGUUCAGCCAGACCCUAGCAUUGAAGAGAUGAAGAAAGUGGUUUGCAUUGAGAAAUGCCGGCCAAACAUUCCAAACCGCUGGCAUGCUUCCGAUGUGCUUCACAAUAUGGCCAAGGUGAUGAAGGAGUGCUGGUAUCCAAAUCCUGUGGCCCGAUUAACAGCGCUUCGCAUCAAAAAGACACUUGCUAGCAUCAGUGUGGAGGACAAGGUCAAAAACUGAUUGUGGCUUCAGUUUUACGAGUAGUCCUCGUGUCGCGCCCCGUGGGAUCGGGGGCAGACAAGUAGUAGUAACCUGUAACCUGGCCCCGCGUUACCUUAAAUGUCCUGGCAGCGCUUACGAAGCAGUUCCAGAAACCCGUUAAGAAAUUAAACACAAAAAAGUUGUAAAUAUUAUGUGCUAACUCAUCCUUAAAGUUUCCAAUUCUUUGCUUUGUUUCCGUUCAGAACGAGCUCGUUUAAGUUUUGUGUUACACCAUCCUCAACUAUUGUACAUAACCUUCGUUGAAAUUUUCGCCGAGAUUUGCUUAUUUCCGGGCAGAGUGAUCAAGGCGGCGCGCCAAAAAAACUGCCGCACUGCCAUUAGAUCUACCAAUUAGGGCCUAGUUAUAACCAACCAAAUAACACAUUAUAUACAAUAUAUAUUUUUUAUAAAUCCUGUUUGCAAGCAAGAUAUGCCAGCAAACAAAACGAUAAAUACAUAACGAAAACAAAACAGUAAGACUAUGUCAAGACUGAGCAGCAGUGGAAAGCAGUGAGAAAACAGAUUUAAACCGCAGACAAUUUUUUGCCUGCAAGAAAAUAUACAAAACCAGCCACAUCAGAUCAUCAGCAAGGAAGAUAACUCUUUUAGACACUAACCAACAGAUAAAGUCGAUAAACUCAGGAAAUCGUAACGUAAAAAUAAAAUGAAAAGAAUCAAACGAUUUGUGCGCGCCGUCUGCUCACAAACAGCUUGCCAUGCCCACAUCGCUUUUGCUGCUGCUGUGCCUCUAAAACUUAAUAAGCACUACACUUCUCCCAUAAGUAUGUUUCCAUAUUGCUGAAGGCGCUUCUCUUUGUAAUCUUAUGUUUAAAUUAUUUUAAAAGGUCUACACCAAAACUCUCGACCCUGGCAAAUAACAAAAAUUGGUUGCAUCUUCACGCAUUCUUAUUAUUUUUGUUAUUUCAUAUACGUUCAUGUUGCCUAUCAACCUAUCCCUUAAUAACCCCUGUUUCUUGUUGUUUUAAAACCAAAGCUUGCUCUUCCUAUUUUAUUGUAGCCAUAAAUAAGUAAACAAAACUAUAAAUUUGUAUGGUAUACUAUAUUCUCUUCUAUUAUAAAUUGUAUGGAACUAAAUGUUUCGUGGUCAAACCUAACCCACUAAUUUAGUUCCGGGUAAUACAAUAUGUUUAAUAUCAUAAAUCAAUUAAAUCUCACAUCAAAUGCCAUAAAGCUAAACGAGUCCAUUACUAAUGUAUAAAUAUAAACACAGUCCAUUACCAGAAUGCAAUAGUAGUUUCAACCAUGUUUCCUUUGCCCAUCAAUACACGCCAGCUGAGAGAUUAAAGUAAACAUUAAUUAACAUUUAAGCUAAGAGUAAGAGUUUGUACGAGCAAGAUUGUAAUUAGGGUUAUAAUUUAAUAGUACCUUUAUAUUGUUAUUUUUUCGGUCUGCGAAAUUUGCUUUCCUAUUUUAAUUUAAGCUUUCUGAAGUUAAUCACAUCCUGUACGAACACAAUCGAUUUCUUUGGAAAAUCUAAACUAAAUUUAUAGCUAUAUUCGCGUACGUAUACUUAGGUUUUGAAACUAUUCCUGUAAGUGUAAAAUCUGUACAUAUUAUGUGCAUUCUGUACACGCAAGUCAAACAAAAAACGAGACAUGUUUCAAAAAAGAUCGGACUUGAUAUUUGUUUGGCUGUUCCAAGCUAAGUUUAAGCCGAAAGUUGUUCUUAAGACUAACUCCCAAUACACCCUCCAAAGGGGGCACUUCCUAAACCCCACAACCUUAGUCCCUGAUCCAAACCAAAAACAACUUUAAAAAAAAGUGAGUUUAAGGAUUCAAUUUAAACCGAAGAACAUAAAAUCAACAAGAGACUUGAACAUGCGCAAAAACAUAUAAAAAUUAAUUUUAAAAAUAAAUCCUAUUUUGCUGGCCAAACAUACUUUUGGUUCGAAAUAUUCAAAAAUUCAAGAACGAUUUAAUUUAACGAUGCACUUUGUGCGAUUUAUGUUAGGCUCAAGUAAGCGAAAAGUGUCUCAGCCAUAAAGUUAGGGGCGAAAGCAUUUGUAAUGUGUAUUAAUCGUAAAUGGAUUGGAUCAUGAGAGAUAUAUAGAAUGUCAGAGAGUUAGAGAAAGAAAGGAGGAAUGAUUUACUUGGGUGUAAUGUUAAAAACAAAAGCGUUGAAUGUGUAAACAGAGUCUAACUUUUAGCUUUAAGCUGCGUUUUUACUGGCACUUUAAAUAAAAUUACAAAAAUAAAAACAACCGAAAAUAUUUGUAAACGAA